CCGUGUAUCUAUUAUAAUUAGGCGGUGCCAGCUCCCUUGGAAGACAGUGCAUUGAUUUAACUGCAACUAGUAUAUCAAGUCAUAGAUUUGAAACUGCUGCUAAGCUUUUAUGGAUUGUUUCCCAAGAUAAGUGUACUUUUGAAACAUUUAUAUACAGAGCUUCAAUGAUUAUUAUUGAAAAUCUUAGUUUAAGUGAUGAGAAUGAAACAGUAUGGGACAUAGUCAGGGAGAACUGAAUUAAUUAGUAGCACAUGUGCAUUAGCAAAGCUUUGAAGCUUCCCGGAGUUAAAAAGAAAGAAGUGAAAUUAGAAUACCUAAUCUAUGGUCUCAGGCACAACAUACUUAACAGUCGAGAUAGUUUGGAGAAACUGUUUCAAAAGAAAAGUAAACCAGGGCCAGAAAAGGAAAGUGUAUUAAAAUCUAUAUUUGAUGCUUACCUUGCUCUUCUUGAUUAUAUUGAAUGGUGUAAAUUGUAUUAUGGUGAUAUGCAGUCUUCUCAAUAUAAAAUACUUCCUGAGAAAGCAAUAGCUACAUUUAUGCAGGUUGUACGAAAUCCAGGGCAGUGGGAUAUCUUUGUUCUGAAAUUAAUAGAGAUGUUGGAAUUUAGUGAUAGGUCUGAUGAAAUUGAAGACAUGCUUAUAAAAUAUAUUGAAUGUAAUCCAGAGCAUAUCAAUGCAUAUAUAUACCUCUGUGUAUAUCUUCAUGAUCAUAAUUCAGAGUCACCAAACUUCAUCAAAUAUUUAAAGGUUUUAGCUGAAUUGUGUCCUUCAGAUAUCAGAGUUCUUUUUUUAGUAGAAAAAUUGAUUAUCUCAGGUAAGUUUGCAAAAAUUAUUUUUCGGUCAUGUUUCUGAUUCUUCCUUUUCUAG